ACGUGAGAUUCAAAAUGGCGGACGAAGUUGAAUCUCGCGUGUUGAAUCUUUCGCAAGUUAGAAAUUAACUCCUCUUUCUCUGUCCUCUUCGUGCGGAAUUUCCUUUGAAAAACGAAAUCUUGAAUUACUAAAUGUACCGAGGAAAUAGUCUUACGCAUUUUUAGAUGAAAAUGUUUAGUUUCUGUCGCUAGUGCUGUAUAAAUAUUAUAGUCACUCUGAGGGAGCUUUCUUCAUUUCACUGUCAUGUAUCGCUUUAGUUCUUACUUACGAAUUCCUCGUACAAGAUUAUUUUCUCCACGGGUAUCAAGUAGGAUAGCUCACAUCAGAGGAAGAAGUCUUCGUUUUUCGACACAAAGUGAAGCGAAUAUUUCAAAAAGCUCAGCUGAAGAAGCACCAAAGUCUUGGAGAGAAAAUCCCAACCUCAAGUACUGGGUUUUAGGAGUGUCUGCUAUCACUGGUAUCAUUUAUCGUUACGUCUAUAAGGAAAAAGAAAAAAAGAAACUCAUAGUUAAGAAUUUUCCAUCUUUGCCUAACCAUAAGGUUCAAGCACGUAAUGCAGAUUUGCAUGAGUUGGAACAGCUUCAUAGGAAUAAAUCAAGCUCUGUCAGUUUUGUUCAUCUGGGAGGACACACUGGGUCAGGGAAGACACUGCUUGCACGUGAAUUUGCAGAAAAGUUAUUCAAGGACAAUGAAAAGAGGUUUUGUUUUCUGCCAUUCAACUUAUUUGUUGGGACUGUCAGUGCUGCAUCUCUUGAAACUUUGCUCUUCGAUGUGAAGAGGUUUGCUGUUGCAAUAGGAUGCAAAACUAAAGACUGGUUGGAUAGAGUCGGAGAAGGACGCACAUUUACAGGACUGAGCAGUGAUGAGCAGCUUCACGUCAUUGUGGAAGCUGUGAAGGAAAAACUUAGAGCCAACCCUCAUUGGAUUCUUAUCCUUGAUGGAUUGAAAGAUGAGAAAAUCUUAGGAAAACUAUUUGAUGAGGAAGAUAAAAGCUCUUGGGGUAAAGGAACUGUACUUAUUACUGGAUGCAAUCAGCCAAAUUUAUACUAUGUUAACAGCUAUAGUGUGGACAAGGGAAUGGAUAGAUUUGAAGCAUCAGAACUUCUCCAAGACCUGAGUGGAUUACCAGAAGAGAAGCUUGAAGGUGUCCACACUGUUCUAAACAAACUGAGUUAUUCACCAUUAGGUAUUGGAUGUGCCGGGAACUACAUCAAAUCAAGACUCAAUAAAGACCCAGAAUACACCAUGAAACAAUUCUCCGAUGAGCUGAACUCAGGCCUGUUAAAGUUUGCAGAGUCCAACAAGAGCAGAGACCUUCCAAAAGAGCACAAAGAGUCUGCUUAUGUGACUGCCUCCUUAUUGGUCAAGGAGUAUAUUGAGAAGUUCCCUCAUUUUCUUCAUACAUUUGAUCUGAUUGGCACAUGUUCAGUAGACUGGCCCAUUCCUGUCACUCUUGUCUCACUUCACUUGAGAUCUCCAGAAUUUCAUCUUGCUCCAGUACCAAGAAGCCAAUCUGUGCUUCCCAGUUUACCAGAGGAUAGAAAUGCUGACCAACAACAGCCCAAACCAGAAGAGGAUGUCCAAGACAGUUUCUUGUCAAUCAAGAGGAUAGCUAGUAACUUGGAAUCCUUUACCGAGACAUUGAAAGCUAACUAUGAUGCUAUCAAGGAUGCAUUCUACCCACCACCAGUUGAUACCUCACCUCCAACUGAUGGGGUUUUUGACUUGAUGAAAUCAUGUUCGUUGGUUACCGUUGAAAGGGUGGAUCCUGGAGGAGUGGAGACAUUGAGAGUGAGUCCCAUUGUGCAUGAGCUGAUGUCACAACUGUUCCUCUCCACCACAGCACCUCUCUUGGAGACUAACUGUCUUACUCAGGCAGAAGAAAAAUACAGGAACAGCUCCUGGUUCAGAAGGUUUUGGCAGUUUGAUCCUCAGAGGUCCCUUCAGGAGUUCCGCAACAGCCUUGGAGAGAGUGUUGAAACACAAAAGUUCCUGAAAGAUACUGAUAAUACGGUAGAGGAUGAAAUGGCCAUAGAUAACAAGAGAUCAAGCGUGCCUGAUUUGAGCUUUUUGUUGAAGGAUGAGGAAAGCAUCCCGGAUUUACCAAGCUACAGGUCCAUACAGCCUCAGGUAGCGGUCAAACACUACCAGAACCACAUAAGUCUGGUAUUAAAUACCAUUAAAGGGGUAUCAUCUGUAUGCAGCCAAGACGUCCAAACAAGAACUCUCGCCAGACUUCUUAAACCACACCUCGAUCAUAUUUUGACCUCAAAUAUCUCAAAGAGCCUGGAACCCAAGAGUCGAGCUCAUGCCUUGUCAGCCGUCGCUGCCAUCAACUCAGCCCUAGGUAACCUACAAGCUAGCAUCCCUUCUUUAGAGAGGGCAGUUGAGAUUGAAGAAGAAAAGUUUGGAGAGUCCAGCCUUGAGGUUGCUGUUACUUUGACAAGGUUGGCUGAGGUCUACAGCUCUUUAGAAAAUCCGACAAAAGCACGAGAACUUCUAGAGAGGGCCAUCGGAAUUUACGAUCUACAGCGGAAAAAAUCCGGCGAAUACAAGAAGCCUUUAGAGUUUGCUCGCACUAUGGAAGCCUUGGGCGCGGUAUACGGGACCCUGGGGUUCAAACUGAGAAGCAAGGAAUUUAUUGAACGUUCUCUUUCCUACAUGCAAGCUUCGGCCCCUAUAUCAGAUGACGAGAUUGAAAGAAGAAGAUUUGCCUGUGAAGUGGCCAGCACCCUUACAGACCUUGGGCAUGCGUAUUUGUCGACAGGAGAUGCUGUCUCAGGGCGUAAGAUGUUAGAGUUAGCUGUGACUGGGCUCAAAAACAUGUAUGGGGAAGAACAUCCUGAAGUGGUGCGUGCUCUAACCGUCUUGGGAACCGCAUACACUAUGCAAGGCAACUGGCAAGAAGGAAAGAAGAUGAGAAGAGAAGCGGGAAAACUGCAGGCAAAGAUUGACGGUUUAGUGUCAUUGUGAUUCACGACUGAUGUUUAUUUUGUAAACUGAUUUGUUUUAAAAACGUCGUGCAAGGUGCGGUAAGUCGGCAAAAAAAUGGCGCAAUUUGUUUCGCAACAUUGCUAAGUUGUAAGUUGCUAUGCGAAUAAUUGUCAUAUAGACACUCCGAUUAAGGCAUAUUUGAGAGAGGUCUUCGAAGGAGUGGGAAAAAUAAGGUACUGACUUACAGCACGGACGUCAGUACACGGUACCACAUGCCAUUUUCGUAUGACUGAAAAGCUCUGUGCCGUAAAUGUGCCUUGCUGUGACCGUAGUGCUUCCUAAAAUUUUAAUUGGCUGAUUUUUUUCUCACGCAAUGCCGUGACCUUAGCGUGACCGUGUCCGCGCCGUGUUUAUUCCGUGUAACGGGUAUUUGAAUGGAUGGAGAGAAAAUUCUCGAGCAAUGUUAUUGGUCUGGCGUAUGCCUUGCCGUGUCGUGCCGUGAGCUUUUCACAGUCAUACGAAAACUGCUCAAACCAAUUCAUACGAAAACCGCGCUAAUGGCUGCACAACACAAGACUCUGUAAACUAUAAGACCUAAAUUUGUCGCGCGCGCAGAGUAGUAACUAGUACGAGCAACCUCUCUGCAACGAGCAACGCAUUAGUUGCUGCCGCCCUUUUUUGCCCAUAUUACUGCGCCUUAUACUUAAGUAUUAGUCAUUAGGCCAUAACCAGGUUCACCGCUCCCUAGAAACCCCUCCCUUGCCUAUGACUAGAGGGGAGUAGUUCUUACGGUAUACAGUAUACAAUUUGGUUAGUUGAUUACUAAAGCUUUAACUGAAAAGAAAAAAAGAUUUUUUACAAGGUGUCAGUGCCUUGAUUUCGGCAAUAACUAUCCUCGUGUACGAGUCUAUGGAUACUUCUGGGGUUUCAGGCUCGAUUCUCGUACUCGGCAUCACAUGUGAGUAGAGUUAACUUCGUUAGGUGACUACCUUGCUUUGAAGGUUUUCUGCGGUUUUUCCUCUCUCCGCAAAACCAAAUUCACACUAAAUUCCAAUUCGAACUGUGAGUUAUCCAUGCCCUGACUUUGAUCAGCCCAGAUGUUGUUUCAGGGUUUGAUCUGUGAGUUAGCCA